CGGUGGUUGUCGGGGGAAGUGGCCGGUGGAAGCGGCCGUAGGAGCUGAGGGAGCCGGCGCUGGGCUCGGCCUGAAGCGGCUGCUGCUGUGCGCGGCUUGCACCGCAGCAGCGCCUCGAUAGCGCCGCGUCGGGGUGCAAGAUGGCGGCGGCGGGCGGGGGCAGCAGCGUGAACCCUUUUCUCAGCGAUUCGGAGGAGGAUGAGCCUGAAGAAGCCAGGCCCGGCGGCGGCGGUAGCAGCAGCAGUACGGAGCCGGGAGGGCCGGCCUACCCUGCACGGCGGCGGGAGGAGGCGGCGGCUGUGGGCAGCCCCGAAGAGCUGCCGGGCUUGAGGGCGGCGGGCGACACGGCGGGGCCGGGCGGAGGGGCCGCCGCGGGGGAACCGCCACGGGUGUCGAUGGACGCGAUGGCGGCUCAGCUCCUGCGGGACCAGUUCCUGCUGACGGCGCUGGAGCUGCACACGGAGCUGCUGGAGAGCGGCCGGGAGCUGCCCCGGCUGAGGGAUUUCUUCUCCAACCCGGGUAACUUCGAGAGGCAGAGCGGCACGCCACCCGCCGGAGGGGGUCUGGGAGGCAGUGUGCUCGGCGGAGCCGGCGGCAGGGAGCCCGGCUCAGGGCAGCUCAAUCGCGCUGGAAGCAUCAGUACUCUUGAUUCCUUAGAUUUUGCAAGAUACUCUGACGAUGGCAACAGGGAAACGGAUGAAAGAGUGGCAGUCCUGGAGUUUGAACUACGGAAAGCCAAGGAGACCAUACAGGCCCUCCGAGCCAACCUGACUCAGGCUGCAGAAAAUGAAGUUCCUUUGCAGGAACGAAAAAAUUAUAAAUCAAGUCCUGAAAUUCAGGAGCCAAUCAGACCUCUUGAGAAAAGAGCUCUAAACUUCCUAGUUAAUGAAUUUUUAUUGAAGAAUAGUUACAAGCUUACAUCAAUAACAUUUUCAGAUGAAAACCAUGAUCAGGAUUUUGAAUUGUGGGAUGACGUGGGAUUGAACAUUCCAAAACCUCCUGACCUUUUACAACUCUAUCGUGACUUUGGAAACCAUCAUGUUACAGCAAGAGAUGUGGUGGAUGUUUCGGUUGGUGUAGAUGAUGAUGAGUUGGAGGCUGCCACCCCUAUACUUGGGACUGUUCCGGUAUUUGAAACAGCACCACAAUCAAUAGAACAAUGUUUAAUAGUGCAAAAAUUAGAAGAUCAAAUUAGUGUGUUAAACAAUGAGAAAUGGUCUUUGAUGGAACAAAUCCAAAGACUUGAGAGUGAAAUAGAUUUCCUCAAGAAUGAAAACUUUGCCACGUCUACAGUUUAUGGUGUAGAACCCCAUCCUUCCUUAAAGCAAGUGCCUCACGCAGUCUCAGAGGACAACGGACGGUACUUGGAUAUCAAGAGCUCUGAGAACGACAGUAAACAUGGAAACACUGAGGAAAAAAGCCUUUCUUCAUCAGCUGAACAUGAUACAAGGACUUCUAAAGAUGAUACGCUAAAUUCUAUGCCCUGUAAAGACACAGAGAAAGUGUCCUCUUGUGCUCCAUCAACUAAAUCUGCAGUGCACUUUGAUAAACCGAAUAGGAAAUUGUCACCAGCUUUCCAUCAAGCACUACUGUCUUUCUGUCGAAUGUCAGCAGAUAGUCGUUUGGGAUCAGAGGUAUCUCGAAUUGCAGACAGUGAGAAAAGUGUAAUGCUAAUGUUGGGACGCUGCCUGCCUCAUAUUGUUCCUAAUGUGCUGCUUGCAAAGCGAGAGGAACUGAUCCCACUCAUACUGUGUACAGCCUGCCUUCAUCCUGAACCCAAAGAGAGAGAUCAACUUCUACACAUACUGUUCAAUUUGAUCAAACGACCAGAUGAUGAGCAAAGGCAGAUGAUACUGACCGGUUGUGUGGCAUUUGCCCGACAUGUUGGACCAACACGUGUAGAAGCUGAGCUUUUACCACAGUGUUGGGAACAGAUCAACCACAAAUACCCAGAGAGACGGCUACUGGUAGCAGAAUCUUGUGGAGCACUAGCACCUUACCUUCCAAAAGAAAUCCGUAGUUCUUUGGUACUUUCCAUGCUGCAACAAAUGCUAAUGGAAGAUAAGGCAGAUCUGGUACGAGAAGCUGUGAUCAAAAGCCUUGGCAUCAUUAUGGGAUAUAUUGAUGAUCCAGACAAAUAUCAACAGGGCUUUGAACUGCUGCUUUCAGCUUUAGGAGACCCUUCAGAACGUGUAGUUAGUGCAACACAUCAAGUAUUUUUACCUGCUUAUGCUGCCUGGACAACAGAACUGGGAAACUUACAGUUCCAUCUCAUACCUACACUGCUUAGUAAGAUUGAAAAACUGCUCAGGGAAGGAGAACAUGGUUUGGAUGAACAUAAGCUCCACAUGUAUCUAUCUGCUUUGCAGUCACUGAUUCCAUCAUUGUUUGCAUUGGUGCUACAGAACGCACCUUUCACAAGCAAGGCUAAACUUCAGGGAGAAGUACCACAAAUAGAAGUCACUAGAUUUCCCCGACCUGCAUCACCUCUUCAGGAUGUGGCUAUCAUCAUUGGAAGCCGUGAACAAUUGGCAGUACUGUUGCAACUUUACAACCAUCAGCUAGAACAUGAGGGGACCACAGGCUGGGAGACUUUGCUAUGGGUAGUCAAUCAACUGUUACCACAGCUUAUAGAAAUAGUUGGCAAAAUCAAUGUAGCAUCAACUGCGUGUGUCCAUGAGUUCUCCAGAUUUUUCUGGCGACUCUGUAGAACAUUUGGGAAAAUUUUUACAAACACUAAGGUAAAACCACAGUUCCAGGAAAUACUAAGACUGUCUGAGGAAAACAUAGAUUCCACAGCAGGUAACGGAGUGCUAACAAAAGCUACAGUUCCCAUCUAUGCAACAGGGGUACUUACAUGUUAUAUUCAGGAAGAAGACCGCAAACUGUUAGUUGGAUUCUUGGAAGAUGUCAUGACCAUGCUUUCACUAUCCCAUGCUCCUCUUGAUAGCCUGAAAGCUUCCUUUGUGGAACUGGGUGCAAACCCAGCUUAUCAUGAGUUGCUGUUAACUGUCUUAUGGUAUGGAGUUGUCCAUACUUCAGCUCUUGUUCGAUGCACAGCAGCCAGAAUGUUUGAGCUGACUCUUCGAGGCAUGAGUGAAGCAUUAGUUGACAAGCGGGUUGCACCGGCUCUUGUUACCUUGUCCAGUGAUCCUGAAUUUUCAGUGAGGAUUGCAACAAUUCCUGCUUUUGGGACUAUCAUGGAAACUGUUACACAACGAGAGCUUCUGGAAAGGGUAAAAAUGCAGCUAGCAUCCUUCCUGGAGGACCCUCAAUAUCAAGAUCAACAUUCUCUUCAUACAGAAAUCAUAAAAACAUUUGGAAGAGUUGGACCUAAUGCCGAGCCCAGAUUUAGAGAUGAAUUUGUUAUUCCACACUUGCACAAAUUAGCCUUGGUCAACAACCAGCAGUCUGUGGAUUCUAAGAGACUGGACAUUGCUACCCACCUGUUUGAAGCCUACAGUGCUCUUUCCUGUUGCUUUAUUUCAGAGGAUUUAAUGGUCAAUCACUUUUUACCAGGACUUAAGUGUUUACGAAUUGACAUGGAACAUCUCUCACCAGAGCAUGAGGUUAUUUUAAGCUCCAUGAUAAAAGAGUGUGAACAGAAAGUGGAAAAUAAGACCGUCCAAGAACCACAAGGCAUAAAGCACAGGUCAACAUGCUUCUGUUUGGAUCCUAGUAAUGAAGUUCCUGUUUUCCCAUGCUCCAUGUCCAUCGCUGCGAGCCUUGUGAGUGAGGAUACAAAGACCAAGUUUUUGAACAAAAUGGGCCAGCUGACAACAUCAGGUGCAAUGUUGGCUAACGUGUUCCAGAGGAAGAAGUAAGGUGGGAAAAGGAGCCCCCAGCUAACACUAAGAUGGACCUCACAGAGACUGGUUGCUGUACUUGAAGUACUUGCCUUUUAAUUUCUUCUGUCUUAUGUUCUUGUAGUAUAAUUUUAUUCUAACCUCCAAAGAUAUUUGCACUGCUUUUGAAUAUCGCUGUGUAUCUGUUAAUUUUGGGUUAACUGUGGUUGAUAUAAAACUGAAAUCAUAGUCUGUAUCAAGUCCCUGUUCUGUGUUCUCGUCUUUCCAGCAUUUUUUUUUUUAUAUAUAUAUAUAUAGUGGAAGGGUUUUGUUUUUGUUUUUUUAUUCUCAUUUUCCAACAGGAUAUCAGCAAAUAUCUGUAUUAUACAUGGAGCUAUUAUGACGGUACUUAAAAUAAUGUAAAUUUGAAGUCAUUGUCAUGAAGUAAUAAAAGUGAAGAUUACUUAUGUAUUUAAAUUAUGAAAGAGUAAUGCAGAUUUUUUUAUCAUGUUUCUAAAAAAGAAGAGGAGGAGCCACCAGCAUUUGUCUGUGCUUCUUGGGGUGUUUUUGUAAGUAUUGUGCAUCUUGAAUCGAGAGGAAUUGCGGUAUCUAAUGUACAGGACUGCUUGCACUGCAUCAGUCUGCAGGGAAUGCUCAUGUUUCAGAUGCUUUAUGCUGACAUUGUAAAUGCUGUACAAAAUCCUUCAGAUAAAAUUCUCACACCUGUUGUGGUUUUUUUGAGGGAUGAUGUUUUGUUUUGUUGGAGUUUUUUGUUUUAUUUUGAAGCACUUUAACAACCAGCGUACGCAUUCAGAGACACCUACGCUUGAGUAAAGGACAAAUGGGAUAAUACUAACAAAUGUAUAAGCUACUACAUGGGUCCCAAGGCAGUACUGCAGGCAGAGUGACCUUAUGCAGGAGAAAGAAUGCUCUCAUCUUGCACUCACUGUGCAGUUCUGUACUGUACUGUGAAAGCUGAAAUUAGGAGGUUCUGUUGUUUGGUUUAAACUUCAGUUCAAAUUUCAUUUCAGAAUAUCUGAAACUAAGUUAAGGGAGUUUGACCCACACAGUUGCUUUCAAAGCAUUAGCUAGACCGAAAACAUACUUUACAAAAGCAUUACAAGGAGUAUCCUGUAAUCAGAUGUUCUUGUUAGCAAGGAAGCAUUAAGAACCAAAUCCGUUCAUUUUUAUGCAGCACUUAUUUGGUUUUUUUCCUUUAUGUCAGUGUAACCUUCUGAGAGUAAACUCAAGUGCGUGCAUAAACUGGUUAAGACGUGGUAAAAUGUAAAAGAUGGGCAUUCUCUGAUACAGUGCCCUUCAGUUGGAUGUAUGAACAUCUUUAAGGAUAGCGAAGCAGAAGGAGUGGUGGGAGUAAUCGCUAUCUCCCAAGACAGGAUAUAGAUGGCAGCACUUCACAUAACGCCCUCAGAAGUAAUGGAGGUUAUCUGAGGCUUAUAACUGCUUCAUGUUUGUGCCCGCUGGCUCUGCAUAGACGGUUGCCUGCCAUGUUUGUGUUGUGACAGGGCCUGCUGCACACUUGCACACUGUCAGUCCCUUUACACUGCACUGAAACAUUAUUCUCAAGAUUACAGACAAUUCCAUGCCUUCUUAUUGCUUGUUACCACGAAAGUAUGCUUUUAGCAGACUGACUGUCAAAUGGAGACAUUCCUGAGGAAUGGGAAGUGGUGAUGUUUCCUCUCUAUUGUUCCAUUGUCAAUAAAAAGUUUUGUAUACCUGC